AUGGAGUCCUUGGUGGCCCAGGUGAAGGUCAACUUCACGACAACGCAUGAGGAUCUUCAGUUGGACGAGAGCAAGAGGCAGUUGCUUGUGCCUGCAGAUAUCAAACGGUAUGGCCUCUCAAGGAUAUUAAACUCCGAGUCCAUGCUCAACACCUCGUCCCCCGUCCCCCUCGACUUCCUCGUUAACGGAACCUAUCUGCGGACCACGAUUGAAGAAUACCUAAAGGAGAAUGGUCUCUCCUUCGAGACGACGCUCACCCUGCAGUACGUCCGCAGUCUGCUGCCCCCGGUCUACGAGGCCUCCUUUGAGCACGACGACUGGGUCGCUGCCGUCGACAUCCUCUCCGCCACCUCAGCAGCGGGCCGCUGGUCCGGCGAUGACCUCGCCCACGGCCAUGACCGCAUCCUCUCCGCCGGCUACGAUGGUCUUGUCCGCGUCUGGGACGCCUCCGGCCAAUGCCUCGCGACCUCCCCCUCGGCCCGCGCCGGCGGCCACGCCAAGCUCCUGACGGACGCCAAGUUCCUCUCGUCGACGCAGAUCGCCUCCGUCGGCUUGGACCAAAAGGUCGUCGUAUGGAAGUACGCCGAGUCGGCCGAUCGCUUCUCGGGCGAGCUCAAGCCCACGCUCGAGCUCCAUGGCCACAGGAAAAUGAUCAACUCGCUCGCCGUCCACGGUCCCUCCAAGAAGAUGCUCACCGCCUCCGCCGACGGCCGCGUCGGCCUCUGGCUGGCCUCCAAGAAGGGCAGCCCGGAUGUCGACGCCGACGACAUCCCCGCCACCCACGCCAGCAGCGUCAAGCGCGCAAAGCUCUCCAACUCGUCCGUCACCGUCCCGCAAAAGGGCGCCCUGGCCAUGAUCCCGGCCCACGCCGACGCCUCAGUCACGGGCGCCGCCUUCCACCCAACCGACGCCACCGUCGCCUACUCCGUCUCGGCGGACCACACCCUUCGCACCCUCGACCUGACCACCGCCGGCGUCGUCUCCACCCUCACAACCCUCCACCCGCUCCUCUGCCUCGCGCCCAUGCCCCGUAACUCCUCCCUCGUGGCCGCGGGCUCCUCCGCCCGCCACGUUACCCUCCUCGACCCCCGCGCCUCGGCGUCCGCGACCUCGGUACUCACGCUCCGGGGUCACACCAACAUGGUCUCAGCGCUCGCGCCGUCCCCGGACAACGACUACAGCCUGGCGUCGGCGUCGCACGACGGCACCGUCAAGAUCUGGGACUUGCGGAGCGUGAGGCCCGCCACCAAGGACGAGGGCGGCGGGAGCGUCAGCGAGGCCGUCUACUCCAUUGGGCGGGAGUGGCUUAAGGGCAAGAAGGCGCCCGCGGGCGGCGAGGGCGCAAAGGUGUUUGGCCUCGCGUGGGACCAGACGUGGGGUCUGGUCAGCGGUGGCGAGGACAAGAAGGUGCAGAUCAACAGGGGGAGAGACCUCGUUUCUUCUUCGUGA